CUCCAAGAUGGCGCAGACGAUCUUCGAGGCCCUGGAGGGAAUGGACAAUCAGACCGUCCUGGCUGUCCAGUCGUUGUUGGAUGGUCAAGGAGCAGUCCCUGAUCCAACAGGCCAGAGUGUCAAUGCACCCCCUACUAUCCAGCCGCUAGAUGAUGAGGAUGUCUUUCUCUGCGGGAAGUGUAAGAAGCAGUUCAACUCACUGCCGGCGUUUAUGACCCACAAGCGGGAACAGUGCCAGGGGAAUGCCCCGCCCCUGGCCACAGUUUCACUGGCCACCAACAGCAUCUACACGCCUUCAGCAGCACCCACAGCAGUCCAGCAGGCCCCACCUCCUACGAAUCGCCAGAUCUCCACGUACAUCACAGUGCCCCCAUCCCCGCUGAUCCAGACCUUGGUGCAGGGGAACAUCUUGGUGAGCGAUGAUGUGCUCAUGUCUGCCAUGUCAGCUUUCACAUCCCUGGACCAACCGAUGCCCCAGGGCCCGCCGCCUGUGCAGAGCAGCCUGAACAUGCAUUCUGCGCCCAGCUACCUCACCCAGCCUCCACCACCCCCUCAACCCCCUCCACCACUGCCCCCACCCCCACCCCCUCAACCUCCACCCCCACCACCUCAGAGCCUGGGUCCCCCCGGGCGUUCCAACCCUGGUGGGAAUGGCGUGGUGGAGGUGUACAGUGCCACGGCACCUCUGGCUGGAAGUGGAACAGUGGAGAUCCAGGCAUUGGGAAUGCAGGCCUACCCACCCCUGGAGGUGCCAAACCAGUGUGUGGAGGCUCCAGUAUACCCCACGCCCCCAGUGUACAGCCCCGGCAAACAGGGAUUCAAACCAAAAGGACCCAACCCCACUGCCCCCAUGACCAACGCCACUGGGGGCACUGUGGCCACUUUUGACUCCCCACCAACGCUGAAGACUCGACGGGCCAAAGGUGCCAGUGGACUCCCAGAAGCUGCAGGGAAGCCAAAGGCUCAGAAACUCAAGUGCUCAUACUGUGACAAGUCAUUCACCAAAAACUUCGACCUGCAGCAGCACAUCCGAAGCCACACUGGUGAGAAACCCUUCCAGUGCAUCGCAUGUGGCCGUGCCUUCGCCCAGAAGUCUAAUGUCAAGAAACACAUGCAGACUCACAAGGUGUGGCCUCCAGGGCGCAGUGGUGGCACCAUCUCACGCAACUCUGUGACUGUGCAGGUCAUGGCCCUGAACCCCAGCAGACAGGAGGAUGAGGAAAGCACAGGGUUGGGCCAGACACUGUCGAGUGCCCCACAGCCCCAGGCCUUGCCCACAGCAGGUGAGGAUGAAGGGGAGAAGCUGGAGGGCAAGCAGGUGGUCCUCAUCGAUAGCUCCUACCUAUGCCAGUUCUGCCCCAGCAAGUUCAGCACUUACUUCCAGCUCAAGUCCCACAUGACCCAGCAUAAGAAUGAGCAGGUGUACAAGUGUGUGGUCAAAAGCUGCGCUCAGACGUUUCCGAAGCUCGACACAUUUCUGGAGCACAUCAAGAGCCACCAGGAGGAGUUGAGCUACCGCUGCCACCUCUGCAGCAAGGACUUUCCCUCACUGUAUGACCUGGGCGUGCACCAGUACUCCCACAGCCUCCUGCCGCAGCACAGCCCCAAGAAGGACAGCACGGUCUACAAAUGUGUCAAAUGUGUCAACAAAUACUCUACCCCUGAGGCCCUGGAGCACCACCUACAGACCGCCACCCACAACUUUCCCUGCCCACACUGCCAAAAGGUGUUUCCUUGCGAACGCUACCUUCGGCGUCACCUGCCCACACAUGGCAGCGGAGGCAGGUUCAAGUGCCAGGUGUGUAAGAAGUUCUUCCGGCGGGAGCACUACCUCAAACUGCAUGCUCACAUCCACUCAGGUGAGAAGCCCUACAAAUGCUCAGUGUGUGAGUCCGCAUUCAACCGCAAAGACAAACUGAAGAGACACAUGUUGAUCCAUGAGCCAUUCAAGAAAUACAAAUGCCCCUUCUCGACACACACAGGCUGCAGUAAGGAGUUCAACCGGCCAGAUAAGCUGAAGGCUCAUAUCCUCUCCCACUCUGGCAUGAAGCUCCACAAGUGUGCCCUGUGCAGCAAGUCCUUCAGCCGCCGCGCCCAUCUCGCUGAGCACCAGCGCGCCCACACCGGCAACUACAAGUUCCGCUGUGCUGGCUGCGCCAAGGGCUUUUCCCGCCACAAAUACCUCAAGGAUCACCGCUGCCGCCUCGGACCCCAAAAGGAUAAGGACCUGCAAGCCCGGCGGCCCCCCCGGAGGAGGGCUGCCCCCCGCAGUGGCAGUAGUGGUGGACACAAGGUGGUGACCCCCCUGCCUGACCCACUGGGGCUGGAGGAGUUGAAGGACCCAGGGACUGGACCAGUGCAUGAGGCUGCCCCAGGCAAGCCACCCUUCUCAGAGCCGGAUGCCGUGCUGUCCAUCGUAGUAGGUGGCACGGUGGGCAGUGAACCUGAGCUGGUAGUGCCUGGGCAUGCCGAGGGCCUGGGCCCCAACCUGGCACUGGCAGAGCUACAGGCGGGGGCUGAUGGCCCGUGUGCCAUGCUUGCUGUGCCUGUCUACAUCCAGGCCUCUGAGUGAUGGACCCAUGGUGUUUGCUCCCGUAGCCCAGCCUGAUGCUCACCUUUGGGUCCAUGGCCUCUGGGGACAGAUAAGAUCCUUCCCAGUGGAAGCGAGCUGUCAGCAGAGAUGGCCUGUGACUGCCCUGCUGUGUCCCCUAUCCCUCUGGAAAGCCCUGUCGCAUUCUGGGACCUGGGGCAGGGCUGCUUAUGGCUUCCAGGCAGGAGUGAUAGCAAGAGAGAUGGCUGAAUCUGAGUGGCCCAGGGUUUGGCUGGUGCAGGCUUGUAGUUGGGGAGCCUAAACAGAGAAGACAGGGUGGUCCUGCCCACCCCGCUUUGGGCUGCCUUAGGGCUGGCCUGUAGUCAGGUUGCUCUUUGGGCAGCCUGACAUGGUCAGAGCCCUUAUCUGCUAUACAUUUUUACAUAUGGUUCCUCACAGCAUCUUCAGAUGACUCUGAUGUAGGCACUUGGGAGGCACUCGAGUGCUGUGGUUAGAGUGCAGCUAUCAGCCAGAUCUGGCUUCAAAUUCAAGUGCUGUACUCACUGCCGUGUGACCUUGGGUGAGUCACUUCACCUCUCUGAGCCCUGUGUUCCUCAUCUGUACAAUGAGGGUAAUGACAACACUACCUCAUAGGGCUGUCAUGGGGACCUGGUAUGAUGAAAUAUGCAAAGGGUUCACAUAGUGCCCGGCACUUGGAAAGUGCUCAAUAAAUGUUUUUAUCAAAAUGUGUGU